GAAUAAAGGUCUUGAUAAUUGAUGAAAAUGAUGAUGCCAAUUCCAUGAUUACAAAUGUAGUCUACAAAGAAGUUUUACAUGAUAUAUAGAAUUAUAAUCAUUCAAUUCGAAGUUCAUUUGUUUUAUUUUUUAAUAUUCUCUAUUUUGAAUUUCUUAACAAUCCUCCAUGCGUUAAAUAAAUUAUCAUUGUAUUUAUUUGAUAAAGUGUUGUUGGUGUUUGUGUUUAUAUUUUCCAAUGAAGUCAUUACAUAUUUUAUAAAAAUACAAAAUUUAUAUAAAAAUGUUUAUAUGUGGAUGCCUUCCCCGUCCAUUGGACGGGUCUAACACUUAGUAUAGAUAUAAUUUGAAUAUGGCUAAAAAAUUUAGUUUUUGCAAUUUAAGGCACCAUUAAUAGUGAUUUGCUCUUAUUUGGUUGUUAUGACUUAUGACCAUAAACAACAGUUUCUUUAGAAAAGCAGACAAGAAAUAAUGUACCACCGCCAACCAGCUUAGACCGUUCUUGUUUUUCCACUAUUUACUCCUUUGAUAUUCCUUUUAUUCCAUUAAUCUAUAUAUGCGGCGUAAUUUGACGAUUGUUAGUUUCUUUUACCAGCUAAAAUAUACUUGAAAGUUUACACUAUACCAAUAAAGAAGCAAAACAACCAUUCUUAUGGUUUCUCAGCUUUCUUUGAACCAUCUCAGUUGUAUACUUUUCUCCUUUUUCUCCUUCAUGGUUCUUUCUUCUUUAAUAUAAAUACAUCAGGUCUUUGUUGGAGGAACAAAAUAGAAGGGUAUCGAUCUUGAACGAGUAAGAACAUAAAACUGGAAGAAGAAGCAGAAGAAUAGAAAGAAAGGAGCAUUCUUUCUUCUCGGUUGUUUCCCGAACAGGGAGAUUCUAGUGAUAAAAUGUACAACUCAAUCUGGCAAGCCAAAGUUGGUGUGGAAGUUGUGAAUGCCCGAAAUCUCUCGAGUAAGGAUGGGAAGGGCUUAGCUAAUGCAUUCGUUGAGCUUAGCUUAGAUGGGCAGAAAAUUCGUACUACUGUCAAAGAAAAUGACCUAAACCCUUGUUGGAAUGAAACCUUUUACUUCAAUAUUUAUUAUCCAGAUGAAAUUCCAAAACAGACACUGGAAGCCCAUGUUUACAGCUACAACAACAAAAAUGGCAAAUCCAAAUCCUCCCUCGGGAAAGCUUGCGUCCCGGGUACAGCAUUUGUUCCCUAUUCUGAUGCUCCUGUCUCACAUUACCCACUGGAAAGGGGAAGCCUUUUCUCAAGUUCUAGUGGAGAACUAGGCCUGAAACUUUAUAUUAUAAGGUCUCAGGCUUAUGAGAUGGUAAGCGGUCUCACCCGCAACAACACUGUUGAUUAUCGACCUGGUGGCUCCCGAUAUUCAACACAAAGCCGUGAGCGAUAUGGGCAAUUUCCUAAUGGGCAGAAUCACCAUUUUGCAAAGGAUCUCAUCCGCAGCAACACUGUUGGUCAUCGGCCUGAUGGUUCCGGAUAUUCAACACAAAGCCUGAAUGGAUAUGAGCAAGUUCCUGAUUUAACUUCUUUUGCAAUUCCUCGUAAGAAGAAUUACCAUUUGGCAAAGAAUCCCAUCCGUGGUAACACCAACACUGUCGUUUAUCGACCUGGCGGCUCCCUGCAGUCAGGAAUGAACAAUGAGGCUGGACAGAAAACAGCGGAGUCUCGUGCUCAAAGAUUGGUUCGAUCAUACUCUCAUUCUACGGUACAUACUGAAUUGGAGCUUGAGGAAACAACGCCAGCCCAACCCAAGCGAUUUCUUUAUGUACAAGUUGUUAGAGCUCGAGACCUCCGUGGCAUGGAUGUUAAUCAGACCCUGGACCCUUAUGUUGAAGUUAAGGUCGGGGACUAUCGAGGAGUAACCAAUCACGUCGAAAAAUGCCUGAAUCCAGAGUGGAAUGCAGUUUUUGCCUUGUCAGAAGAAAGGAUUUCGCAGUCAGCUGCGGUUGAAGUUGUUGUCAUGGACAAAGAUUUUACGAAGGACGAGUUUGUUGGGAUGGUUUGGCUUGAUCUCCAUGAGAUUCCAAGUCAAGUUCCCCCUUAUAGUCCAAUAGAUCCAGAAUGGUAUCAUCUCAAAUCUAAGAGUGGUAGAAACAGAAAGGGGAAGUUGAUGCUUGCUGUUUGGAAGGGCACUGAAGCUGAUGAAGCUUACGCUGAUGCAAUGGCAUUCCAACGCGUCAUCUUGUAGUUGUAUUUCGAACCAUUCCUCGGUUAAUUCAUUGAUCAUAUUGUAUUUAUAGGUUAGGAAGAGAUUAGAUUCAACACAACUUUCAUUCAUAUUUGCUGAAAAUCGUUCCCGAAACCAUUGAAUCCUCUGUACUACUACUUUUGAAAACUCUAGCUGAUCCUCGAAACCGCUGCAACCCCCAACUUCUGGGGUGUUAUAAUUCAUUUCAGUGUGUUAAUAUUAUUUUCACAAGACGAACCUAGCUUGUACUAUUAAAUUUAGC